UGUCUCUUGGACGAAAAAUGCUAUAAAAUUGACUGGCAAAGAACCACUUCAUAUCAUGGUGUUUGAUUGAUUCAUUAUCGUGCAAKAAUCUUGUAUCGACUCUGCAUCGUAUGUGAACGAGGAACAGUAUUCAGUGCAAUAAGAUUUCGUCACGACUGGACUCGGUACAAAGGAAGCCCAAUUUAAAAUAUACUGCUGAAGACUUUGAAGAGAAGACAUGUCAUGGUGGAAAGCAUGUUUUAUCGGUGAAUCAAAACUAGAAGCUGGUGAGACUAAAGAUGCCAUAAGAUACUUUAAAGAUGCCCUGGCGAUUGCACAAAGGAAUGGCUCUAAAAAGGAAGAAACUCUCACGCUAGGAAGACUGGCUGAAAUUUACUGUGAUAUAGAAAAUUAUCACGAAGCUGUUGAAUACUAUGAGAAGGGACUGGAAAUAGUACAAGAUACUGGUGACAAGAAACUAGAGUGUGAGAUGUGUCAUGUCAUUGACAAUGCGUAUGGUAAACUGGGAGAUUAUGAAAAGUUUAUGGAGUAUUCAAAACAAGGCUUGACUGUUGCAUUAAGAAUCGGUGACUCUACACUCACUGCAGAUUCUUAUGAAGGUCUUGGUCGUGCUUACAAUGCCCUGUGUGACUAUCAAAAUAGUAUUAAGUGCUACAAAAAAGCUAUUGAUAUGUACAAACAACUGAAUGAUGAAGAAGGAUUAGGGCGUUGUUAUGGAAACAUGUCAUUAUCCUAUCAAAAGCAAGGAAAGUACCAUGAUGCAAUUCGUCUAUUAGAGGAGAGUCUCGAGAUARGUGUUAAAAUUGGAAGAAAAGAAGAUCAGGCGAGUGACUUACUUAAUUUGGGAACAACAUACACAAUGUUGAAUGAUUAUGAUAAGGCCAUCAAGAUGUUCCAGAAAAGUCUUGCUAUCAGUAUAGAGAUCGGUAAUAAAGGUCUUCAAGCAAAAUGUUAUGGUAGCCAGGGAAAUGUUUUGUUUAAUUAUUGUAACAAAUAUUCAGAAGCCAUUGUGUAUUGUCAGGAAUGCUUAGACAUUUCAAAAGAAAUCGAUGAUAAACAAUCACAAUCGGUCACCUUAGUAAACAUUGGCGCAUGCUUAGAGGAAUUACAUCGAUACGAAGAGGCGAAGAAACAAUACGACAUUAGUCUUGCUAUUGCUAAAGAAUUAAAUGACAAAGGUCUUGAGGCAAUUAUUUAUCGUUCUAUGGCUGAAAACAAUAUAAUCAGAAAUCAUUUUCAAACUGCAUUACCUUUAUUAGAGAAAUGCCUUGGCAUCGCUUCGACUGUUGGCAAUAAAGAACUUGAAGGUGAUGCCUGUUAUCUUCUGGGUCGAAUAUACUAUUUAUUACACAAAGAGAACCAAGGACAUCAAGCAUGUCAUAAUACUGAUGAUAAUAUAGCUAAAUCAGAACAAUACUUGAGAAAGGCACUUGAUUGUUUCGACUUUUUGUUACUGCAUCUCCAUCAACGGGAUAAUUUCAAAGUCUCCAUAUUUGAAACAUUCAAUAAGGCUUACAAGCUCCUCACAAUCGUGCUAAUCGAGAGAAAGCAACUACAAGAGGCUCUGUUAGUAUCUGACGGUAGACGAGCACGUGCUUUAGGAGAUCGCUUGGUCUUCAAAUACGGCAUGAUUGAAAAAGAAAUAUCAUUGCCUAAGCCACUAAUCUAUCCUGAUGUGGAGGCGAUCUUCUUUAAAGAAGUCUUCUCGAUACUGCAUUACAGCUUGCUAAGCAACAGUUUGGCUGUGUGGGUUUUAGCUAAAGACUCACUGAUGUUCAGAGAAACUGAAAAGGAACAAUUUGAUUCUGCCAUACAAACAUUGACUGAAGAAAAGAAAGAUGAUGAUGAAAACUCCAUUAAACGUUUCUUUACUGCUACGGUUUCAAGAGCAUAUGAAAUGAUGAAAAUCCAAGAAAGCGUCACUUGUGAAAACAGAUCACUUGAUGAUUGCGUUACAUCGAAAGAUCACGUCACUACUAAAGCUUCUGAAUCUCAUUCUCGUGAUGAUGGCGCAAGUGAAGAGAAACUCGAUCAAGCGUCACUCCCAAUUGAAACGCUGUAUAAUUGUUUAGUUGCUCCUGUCCUAUCAGAAGUACAACACGACGAGAUUGUCAUAGUACCGGAUGGACCAAUGUAUAGAGUACCGUUUGCUGCCCUCAGAGAUCCCAAUACAGGACAGUAUCUGUCAGACAAAAAACGCAUUCGCCUUGCACCAUCAAUAGCAAUAUUAAAGGCUCUAAAUGAAUGUCCAGUGGAUCAUCACAGCCAAAAAGGAGCAUUGAUUGUAGGAGAUCCGAUUGUGGGAGAAGUCAUGUUUAGAGGCAAGAAACGAGUGUUUAAACGUUUACAUUCAGCAGACAAGGAAGUCACCUUUCUUUCUGGUAUGCUUAGACAGUCGACCAAACUGACCGGCGAACAAGCUACCAAAGAUACGGUUUUAGAAAAGUUGAAAGAAGGAUCAGCUGUGAUUCACAUUGCUGCACACGGGAGCUCUGAUAAUGGUGAAAUAGCGCUAGCACCAAAUGUCUCACCAGAAAGACAAGGUAUCCCAGAAGAAGAUGACUACCUGUUGACAAUGAGGGAAGUCCAAGAAAUCGGAAUGAAAGCUCAGCUUGUUGUUCUAAGCUGUUGCUACAGUGGCCGUGGUGAGAUCAGGGCUGAGGGUAUGGUAGGACUAAGUCGUGCUUUCCUUGCGGCCGGUGCUCGUGCUGUCGUAGCGUCAUUGUGGGCUAUCGACGACAGUGUAACUUUAAGUUUUAUGGUGAGUUUUUACGAUUAUCUGACUCGAGGUGAAAGUGCGAGUGUAAGUCUUCAUAAAGCCAUGCAUGACAUUAGAAAAGAAGGCCACAGGGAUCCCAAGUACUGGGCUCCUUUCUUCCUGAUCGGUGAUGAUGUCACACUCAAUUUCACCAUCAGUCACCCUUGUGGAUAAAUCAUUUCUAAUGGGCCUGUUUGACUGGAGGGCGCGUCUAGGAGAUCUAAAGAUAUUCUUCUAUGAUUCAAAGAAGGUGGGGCUGUUGUUCAUUGUUUGAGGGGUGUGGUGGUCUGUUACUCAUCGCUGUCAGAUUCUACAGAUGAAUUGUUUUUCUUUCUUCGUUUUGCUUGUUUUGGUUUGACAGAUUCUUCUUCCUGGAAACAGGACGAAACAAGGUAAAUGAAUAUGGUCCAAAAUUUGUUAGAAAAACAUUUUUAAAUGUAACAAAUAAAAUAGAAAAAACAACACAACUAAAGAAAAGACUAACUGAUAGCCACACUUGUCAGUGACGACACAUCAUGACUAAUCAAAAAUAGACAACAAGGAGACAGUAUGUAAUACCUCAUCACUUUCGUCUGAAGACUGGACAUGUUUCGAAGCAGCCGCCUGCGUUCUUGAUGUYCUGGUGUUUCGUUUUCGAGAUUCUUUUUCAUCGCACAACGAAAACAACAUCUUAAACCUUGAAGAACAAAGCGCAGAAAAUACAGUGUCUUUCACCUUUCUUCAGAACAGAAAGAAUAUUUCAAGUAAUUGUAUCAAUAUUUUAUAAUUCUUUCACCUACCUCGACUUUCUAGCUUCUG